AUGGGUCGAUCGCCACGUGGUCAUGAUGAUGAGAAUGGCUUGAAGAAGGGGCCAUGGACGCCCGAGGAAGAUCAGAAGCUGAUUGAUUACAUCAGCAGCCAUGGUCAUGGAAGUUGGAGAACGCUCCCCAAGCUUGCCGGCUUGAAUAGGUGCGGAAAGAGUUGCAGAUUAAGGUGGACAAAUUACCUGAGGCCUGAUAUUAAGAGAGGGAAUUUCUCCGAAGAUGAAGAGCGGAAGAUCAUUAAUUUUCAUUCUGUCAUUGGAAACAAGUGGUCUAGGAUUGCAACCAAACUUCCAGGGAGGACUGACAAUGAGAUCAAGAACUACUGGAACACUCAUUUAAGGAAGAAGCUCCUUUCAAUGGGUAUUGACCCAACAACCCACAAGCCAAGAACUGAUCUCAAUCACCUUGUGAAUCUUUCUCAGCUGCUCGGUGCUGCAAACUUUGGAAAUUUAAUCAGUCCUUGGGGCAGUGCUCUUAGUUUGCAGGCUGAUGCCUCUCACCUGGCCAAAAUUCAAUUACUGCAAAACAUGUUGCAGCUUAUGAAUACCAGCCCACUUCUGAGUAUGGAGAGCACUCAUGAUUUGUUCAUCGGAAACAGAAAUCUUAACCCUUUCGAGGGACUUCUCAAUGGGACAAACACACUACUCAACAAUAAGGAGCCCUUCCUAUCAGGUCUGGAGAAUUUGAACCCUGGACUGACGAACCCCGAGGCACCCAUCAACUUUCAGGAUUUUGACAAUUCAUGGGCAGGACUUGAAGAUGGAUUUAACCAAGAAAUUCUGGGUGUAAAAAACAGCAGCUUGAGCAGUACUUCAUCAUAUGAGAAUGAAAUAGAGAUCAUGAAUCCGGUGCCUGAAUCGUUUUCUGACUCUCCUCAUGGUACUUACAAUAUCAACAAAAUGGAUAGCAAGAUUGACCCAAAUCAGUUGAUCUCCACCGAUUCAGCUAGUACCUACACCAUCUUUGAGGCUUGGGACAAACUCAUGGAUGAUGAAACAAACGACUCCUAUUGGAAACAUAUAUUGGAGUAG